AUGAACCGAGAUCUCGAUGAACCUGCACCAUCUAGAGAGGUAGAGAGGUUGGUAGAUUACUGUCAAAGGCGAGGGCUCCCUUUGAUAAUAGGUUGUGAUGCCAAUGCGCACCAUGUCGUAUGGGGCAGCACAGACAUUAAUGACAGAGACAGAAGACUUUUAGAUUUUCUGAUAGAUACAGAUUUAGAUAUUUUAAAUCAGGGUAAUGAGCUGACUUUCGUUACUUUUAACAGAAAAGAGGUGUUGAAUAUUACGAUCUGUACCAAGUCUUUGUGUGAUGAUGUGAGGGACUGGAGGGUGUUUGAUGAAGAUUCCCACUCGGACCACAGACUUAUUACGUUUAGAAUGGAAUCGAAGGAUCGGGAACAUGAGAGGAGACGUAAUCCUAGAAGUACUGACUGGACUUCAUAUAUUGAGGACCUCAAGGCCUCCAUGGAACAUAGGAAAACAGUAAGACAGCUUUUCAAUGAAGCCAAGAAACGUAGGCAUCCGCGAGCAUGGGAUGAAUAUCAUAUCGCUCGUGAUUCUUACAAGAAAGAAGUAGAGAGGGCAAGGGCUGUCAGCUGGAGGAGUUUUUGCGAGGGAAUCGAAAGGGUACCAGAAGCAUCAAGACUUCAUAAAGUACUAGAUCGAGACCCAAUGGCAAAAUUAACUACUAUUAAGUUGCCUAAUGGGCACUAUGCCCAGGAUAAAAAGGAGUGUCCAAAGCACCUGAUGGAGGUAAACUUUAGAGAAGACUUUAGAGAAGGUUCAAAGAACAACCACGGUGUAGGACCAGCUAGGGACCGAAGAUAUCGGGAACACUGA